AUGGCUUACGACUAUCCUUCCACGCAGCCAUCAUCCCCUAUUACGGGCUUUUUUCCUGUCGGGCCCGCGGCUCCAAACGCGUUUACGUCGUUCCACCAGUCACCGCGUGAUACCCAUGCGAUGUACGAGGCAGCCUCGCAGGGAUUCACUAAACAAGCUCCCGCGCGGGGUGGCGCGCAGAGCAAGGGGCAGAGUGGACAAGGCGCGGGUUCACUGAAGAAGCUCAUGUGCUUCAAGUGA